GCUGCCAACUUCCAGUCGGCAUUUCUGAAUCAUCGCAACGAAUCCAGCAUCACCUCUGCUGCUGUUUGUGUUAGUGAGAUCGGAGAAACGUCAGACUCCCGCCUGCUGAUUAGCUGGCGACGACUCUGGCGAUGGUUUCACCCGCGACGGAUUCAAAUCGUCGCGUUCGAUAAGGGGAAAAACCGACAAUAAUCUGAAACGUUGUGGAUUCUGUGAAAAGAUCGGCUGCGUGUAGAACGUUAGUCGCUUUCUGGUUUUGACGAAGAUCUGAUCGAGCCAAAAAAGAUGAACCAGUUUGUGUGCUUCCUAGUUUUAUGUUUUCUGUGUUCGAUUAAGUUUUCCGAUGCAUCCUACCAAUGUGGAAUCAGACAACACGGACUGCGUCCACUGAUCAAAGACGGUUGGCCGGUGGAAGAAGGUCAGUGGCCAUGGCACGUGGCAGUGUUCAAUCGAUUGAAGAGUACCGAUCGGUUCAAGUAUGGCUGUGGGGGCACUUUGGUCAACGAGAAGCACACCCUGACGGCAGCUCAUUGCGUCAAACGUUUAGCCCGUGGCCAUCGACCACCAGUUUUGUACGAGAUUGAGCUUCAUUUUGGUCAGCAUAAUCUGUCGAAGGUAACCGAUAACGUUGUGAUUCGUGAUGUUAGUAAAAUACAUGUUCACCCGGAAUAUGAGUCAAAUAAAAAUGACAUCGCUGUGCUGGUAAUGCGAUUGCCAGUGGAGUACUCCGACACAGUGAUCCCGAUUUGUCUGGAUCAGAGGGUGGAUCGUGAUUUACGAGAGCUAGAAGGUAAAUCCGGAUGGGUCACAGGGUGGGGAAUGACGGAGAGCGGAACCAUUUCGGAUGUGCUUCGUACGGCUGCGUUGUACGUGGUAAGUUAUGUGACGUGUCUGAAGGACGACCCGAAUCUCUUUGGUAAAAGUUUGAAUGAAAAGGUGUUCUGCGCUGGAAAUAAGAUUGGAGCCAGUCCUGGACCGGGAGACAGUGGCGGCGGCAUGUACAUCAGUGACGGCGAUCGUUGGCAGCUCAGGGGAAUCGUUUCGUUUGGAAAGUUCAACGAAUUGAAACAGUCAAUUGAUGCCUCCAAGUACAUCGUGUUCGUUAACGUUCAAUGGUACUUAACGUGGGUUAAGGAAAUUUUUGCGCAGAGCGAACCUCGUCUGGACAAGAGACAGAAACGAAUUAGUGAGCUAGAGUGCGAACGAUUCCAGCGACUCACGAAAAAACGACGCAACGGGGAUUGCCUCAAUAGAUAUAGGCACGCCGUGAUGAUAAUUGAACCGAGAGGCGUACAUAUGUGCAAUGGUGUCCUGGUAGAUGAGUCCCAUGUCAUUACCACUUGCAGCUGCGUUCGACCAGAACGCAUUGCACUAUACUUGGAAGUAAAAGUGCAAAUCGAAGCGUACGGCGAAGUGGCCAUUUCAGAAUUGGUAUGUCAUCCAAGGCAUACCGACCAUAGCAAACGCCACGACUUAGCGAUUCUUAAACUGAAUGCAACGAUUUUCUUCAGUAAUACCCUAAUCCCAGCGUGUUUGGCUAACAAGUGGACGGAAAAUCUGUACGACAUUCUUGUGCAAACGUCCUUCGUAACUGAAAGGAUGGGUGAUAGGGUGUCAAUGGAAUACGACCACAUGAUUCUUGCUGAGUUGGACGAGAACAGAAUAUCCCUGUAUGAAAAAUGCAAAUCACUGCGUAAUCCUGAGUGGUUCGACAGGUCUGACCUUGCCAGCGAACUAUGCGUCAACAGUACUGAUCAAGUGAUGUACAAUACCUAUUAUGAAUUGCAAUACAGAAAAACAUCCGGUGCUGCGUUGCAGACGUCCAACAGGCAAUCGUGUAUGUCAACGGUGGUGGGACUGAAGGUUCACAAUGAAGAAAACGGUGAAAUCCCCAAUCAGUAUUGGAUGGAAAUUUAUGCUCGAAUGGCCUACCAUUUGGACUGGAUUGAGCAGAGCAUCUGGAACGGGCAAUCUCAAGUCGAUCCAGAGCUUCCUUUGCUGGGAGUAGAUGACAAAUGCGGAUUCUAUUACCAUGAAAUAGAAGUUUAUGAAGAGUGGCCGUGGAGUGUGGCAAUUUUUCAUCGGAAUCAGAGCACCGGUGCGUUCGAACUAAUAUGUAGUGGUACCUUGAUCAGCAAGGAGCGCGUUUUGACAACGGCACAGUGUGUCAUGGAUCACGCCACGGGAAAACCGUUGCCACAGGACAGUUUUGAACUUUACUUCGGAUUGAAUCGCUUGGAGCAUCGUAGUAUAAACGUGCAAAUGCGAUACGUCAGAGAAGUUCAUAUCCACCCGGACACUUCGGGUCACAACGUAGCGCUUCUGGUGACCAGCUGGCCGGUCAAGAAUACACGCUAUGUGACGUACAUCUGCAUUGUCCCGGGCAACAAUUCGGAGUUUUGGAAUUUCAAAAGACAAUCUGCCUACAUCGCUGGCUGGCAAACAAUGGCAACUGGAAAAUCAAGCAAUGAACUAGACUCAUCAAACGUCUACAUUCUUGAACGCCAGGAGUGCUCCAAAGCCGGACUGAAGCUCUCUUCAAAUCAGUAUUGUGCCGUCUAUCGUAAUGAGAAAAAACAGAGCAUCGCUGACCGUGGAUCGGGACUGUAUCACAACAACGAUGUCGAUUUACUUGGGACAUGGGUUUUGUCGGGAAUCGUGUCAUCCGAGAUGGAAGGUAACGCAGCAGAAAGAUACACCAUAUUGAUUAGUCUUCAGCCGUAUAUCACGUGGAUCGAAGGAAUUAUGCCAAGAAAAAAAAUUGGAAGAAUCAGUGAAAGAGAAUGCGAGCGUUUCGUCAGACUGACUCAGAAAAGCGGCGGAGUCUGUGCAAAUUCGUGGGACCCUACGUUAGAACAUCCCCCGCAUGUGGUCUCGCUCCAUGAUGAUCUUCUAAACAUCAUUUGCCUUGGUGUACUUGUUACAGAAAAUUACAUAUUGUCUUCGUGCCAAUGCAUACGGCACCAUCGUCGUCUCAAAACAGCUAAGAUUAGCUAUCAUGACAUGGUCAACAUUUCGGACAUGAUGUGCCAUUCCGACUUUAAUUCCACCAACUUUCAACAUGAUAUCGGAGUUCUGAGGUUAUCCACUGCCGUUGCACUAACUAGUCAACUGGUUCCAGCCUGUUUGACGAACAGCUUGUCGCAUAACCUCAAGGAUGCCACGUUACAAACAAAGCUUUUGAGAAAUUUGGAGCUCACGCUUGAGCCAAAAUCGACAUAUGAUUACAUCGGUACGAAGGACGAAUGCGUUAAGGUGAUCCAAAAACCACAUCGCCUGUACCCCGGCCAGGCUUGCGUGAUCAAUCCAAGCUUGGAAACGGACAAAUUCAACGGAAGUAUUGUGCAGAUGGUAGAUAGUCGGACCUGUCGCUUCACGGUGAUCGGAAUAGGGAGCACUGCGUUUGAAAACCCGCAUAUCAGUCCAGCCCCCAGAAUUGGAAUUGUUAAUCGUAUUGAUCACCAUCUGGAUUGGAUCGAGCAGAUCGUAUGGAAGAGAAGCUUCCAAUGCGGAAAAGCUAGACCUCUGGUUGCCACCAGGUUAUUAAAAGUUAGUUGCGUUUGAUAAUGAACAAUUUUCGCGCUUAGUACGGGCGUAUCUACAAAGAUCGAUUUCUAUGCCACGAUACAUAUUUGAACGACUAUAAACAAUUUAACGAUUACUUAUUUCGUUUUCGGUUAUUUAUGUUGGCGCAGUGUAGAUGGGGGUGACAUUUUUCACUACGCCGCCCCUGCGCUGCAGAGCUACCAACUACAAUGAUCGAGAGAGAAGAAGUGACAACACAUUUUCAUUCCAAUGUAUACUUUCGCGCAAUAAACAUCUUUCAACCACGUACGUCCUGUAGUUCGGGUUUUACUUUCACUCCGCGCUAAUCCCAAGGUGAUUCCGUUCCGUCGUCUCGCUGAUUGGGCUGUCCACUGCGUGUCCUUUUGGGUGUCGGGUGCCGGUAUUUCCCACAAUUUUAGAGCGAAUCUAUUUUUGCUCUGGAUCCUCCCAAUUUGCUGUCAAAACGUUUGUUUACUUUCACUAGAGACGAACCAGCCAAGGGCUGAAAGUCUCUCAAAUAAAGAUAAAUCAAUCAAUUCGUUUAUUUUCAUAAUAAUGGCCCCGGAAUGAUGCGUCUUUCCUGCAACAACAGUUGGAAAUUUUCGCUCGAUGGUGCCGUGUCAACCGAAUGUCGCUAAAUGUGUCAAAAUGCUCGGUAAUUUCGUUCGGCCGUAAACGCUCCCUAUUACACUUUGAUUAUUCCCUGGUGGAAACCCGAUUGAAGCGUGAAAC